AUGGUUGUCAACAAGGAUUAUGUGGAGUGGAAUGUCGCUAGUCAACUCGAUGAUCCAGAGAGUGUGAUGGGAUACUGGAAGAAGAUUAUUGCAUUGAGAAAAGAAAUGGCCGAUCUGUUUGUUUAUGGAUCCUAUACUGCCAUUUCAGAAGAAGAAACUGGUGAGCUGGUGCUUGGGUAUGAGCGGAUUUCUCAAGCUGGCCAGAAGGCGGUUGUGCUUCUUAACUUUUCCGACGUGGAGCAAAGAGUUUUCACACAACGGGUUGAUAAAUUUGGAGUUUUGGCCUCGAACCAAGGAGAAUCAUCCUUUGAAGAGGCAGAGGUUGUGCUUCGACCGUUUGGAGCAAUGGUUUUCCACAAUAGUACUAGUACUUUAUAG